AUGACGACCGACGUCAAAGACCCUGUCCCCCCGCACAAGACGUUCGACACCAUCCUGGUGCUCGACUUCGGCUCGCAGUACACGCAUCUGAUCACGCGCCGCCUGCGCGAGUUCAAUGUCUACUCGGAGAUGCUGCCGUGCACCACCAAGCUGGCCGACCUCGACUUCACACCCAAGGGCAUCAUCCUCUCCGGCGGCCCCUACUCGGUCUACGAGGAGGGCGCGCCCCACGUAGACCACGCCGUUUUCGAUCUGGGCGUGCCCAUUCUUGGAAUAUGCUACGGCCUGCAGGAGAUGGCAUGGCACUUUGGAAAGAACGCAGGCGUUGCAGCCGGCGAGAAGAGGGAGUACGGCCACGCGCACCUCAAGCUCGAGCAGCACGGCGGCCAUGUCGACGAGCUGUUCAAGGGCCUCGAGAACGACAUCGAGGUCUGGAUGAGCCACGGCGACAAGCUGAGCCACAUGCCAGAGAGCUUUGUUACCGUCGCGACCACCAGCAACUCGCCCUACGCCGGCAUUGCGCACAGCGCCAAGAAGAUGUACGGCAUCCAGUUCCAUCCUGAGGUCACACACACGCCGCAGGGCAAGGUCCUCCUCAGGAACUUCGCCGUCGACAUCUGCCAGUCCAGGACCGACUGGACCAUGGGCAAGUUCGUCGACCAGGAGAUUGCGCGCAUCAGGAAGCUGGUCGGCGACAAGGGACAGGUCAUCGGCGCCGUCAGCGGCGGUGUCGACUCGACUGUCGCCGCCAAGCUGAUGAAGGAGGCCAUUGGCGACCGCUUCCACGCCGUCAUGGUCGACAACGGUGUGCUCCGUCUGAACGAGGCCAAGCAGGUCAAGGAGACGCUCGACAAGGGCCUGGGCAUCAACCUGACCGUCGUCGACGCCUCGGAUCUCUUCCUCGACCGCCUGAAGGGCAUCACCGACAACCCCGAGCAGAAGCGCAAGGUCAUUGGCAACACGUUCAUCGAGAUCUUCCAGGAAAAGGCAAAGGAGAUUGCUGCCAAAGCCCACAACACCCCCAACGCCGGCGAGAUCGAAUGGCUCCUCCAGGGCACCCUUUACCCCGAUGUCAUCGAAUCGCUGUCCUUCAAGGGCCCCUCCCAGACCAUCAAGACCCACCACAACGUUGGCGGCCUACCAGCGAACAUGAACCUCAAGCUCAUCGAGCCCCUGCGCGAGCUCUUCAAGGACGAGGUGCGCGAGCUGGGCAAGGAGCUCGGCAUCAACGAGGAGCUUGUCUGGCGCCACCCUUUCCCCGGCCCAGGCAUUGCUAUCCGCAUCUUGGGCGAGGUCACCCGCGAGCAGGUCCGGAUUGCGCGUGAAGCCGACUUCAUCUUCAUCGAGGAGAUCAAGAAGGCGGGGCUGUACAGGAACAUCAGCCAGGCGUUCGCGGCGCUGUUGCCGGUCAGGGCGGUAGGCGUCAUGGGCGACAAGCGGGUGCACGACCAGGUCAUUGCACUGAGGGCGGUGGAGACGAGCGAUUUCAUGACUGCGGACUGGUACCCCUUCGACGGCGAGUUCUUGAAGCGCGUGUCGAGGCGCAUUGUGAACGAGGUCAACGGUGUUUGCCGUGUUGUCUACGAUGUCACCAGCAAGCCCCCUGGCACGAUCGAGAUGGAGUAG